GUUCCUUCAGCCCCUUUUAGGCUAUUUAAGGGCUUCCCUUUCCCUUCUGUUUGCCGGUGCCAAAUGUUGGUUUUCUCGGUAACGUUUUGGUCAGCUUAGACGAACUUCUUCCACAUUCCUGCCACGAAAUGUCAAUCCAAACAGCUCUACCUGGCUGCCCUCAACCUGCUGCAGGAUUGUGGUCACAGCUGUGGGAACCCCCCUGCUUUAGAAAGAGGAAAAUUGGGGUUUGGAGAACCAGCACCAGAGAGCUGAGGCGUGUGGGAAAAUGUCCUUCUCAAGUAAAGCAGCUGAGAGAGGCAACUCUGGAGCCUUUACCAGAGAGUUUAAAAUAGUGUGCCGGUCCAAUAAAAGUCCCUGGGUCUGUCUGACGUGUUCAAGUGUCCAUUGUGGAAGAUACGUGAAUGGCCACGCCAAAAAGCAUUAUGAAGAUGCACAGAUUCCUAUGAGCAAUCACAAGAAACCAGAAAAACAAGAGAAAGUUCAGCAUACUGUGUGUAUGGACUGCAGUAGUUACAGCACAUACUGUUAUCGCUGUGAUGACUUCGUAGUCAACGAUACCAAGCUGGGCCUGGUACAGAAGGUCAGGGAGCACCUACAGAACUUGGAAAAUUCGGCCUUUACAUCAGACAGACAUAGGAAAAGAAAACUAUUGGAAAACUCAUCUCUGAACAGCAAGUUAUUAAAAGUAAAUGGAAGCACCACUGCCCUGUGUGCCACUGGCCUGCGGAACCUGGGGAACACGUGUUUCAUGAACGCCAUCCUGCAGUCCCUCAGUAACAUUCAGCAGUUCUGCUGUUACUUCAAAGAGUUGCCUGCGGUGGAGCUGAGGAAUGGGAAGACGGCGGGGCGGCGAACUUACCACACCAGGAGCCAGGGGGACAACAACGUUUCAUUGGUGGAAGAAUUCAGAAAGACACUCUGUGCUUUAUGGCAAGGAAGCCAAACUGCGUUUAGUCCGGAGUCUUUAUUUUACGUCGUUUGGAAAAUAAUGCCAAAUUUUAGGGGGUACCAGCAGCAGGAUGCCCACGAGUUCAUGCGUUACCUUCUGGACCAUCUACACCUGGAGCUCCAGGGCGGCUUCAACGGCGUCUCACGCUCAGUAAUUCUGCAAGAGAAUUCCAGCCUGUCUGCAAGCAACAAAUGUUGCAUAAAUGGAGCAUCUACUGUUGUCACAGCCAUUUUUGGAGGCAUCCUUCAAAAUGAAGUCAACUGCCUAAUAUGUGGGACUGAAUCUAGAAAGUUUGACCCAUUCCUAGACCUUUCCCUAGAUAUUCCAAGUCAGUUCAGAAACAAACGUUCUAAAAACCAAGAAAGUGGACCAAUGUGCACGCUACGAGAUUGUCUUCGCAGUUUUACAGACCUGGAGGAACUUGAUGAGACAGAGCUGUACAUGUGUCACAAAUGCAAAAAGAAACAGAAGUCCACCAAAAAAUUCUGGAUUCAGAAACUACCAAAGGUGCUAUGCUUACACUUGAAACGCUUUCACUGGACAGCAUAUCUGAGGAACAAGGUGGAUACAUAUGUUGAGUUUCCCUUACGAGGCCUAGACAUGAAAUGCUACUUGUUAGAGCCUGAAAACAGUGGCCCAGAAAGUUGCCUGUAUGACCUCGUGGCUGUGGUGGUGCAUCAUGGCUCAGGGGUGGGCUCUGGCCAUUACACGGCGUACGCGGCGCACGAGGGCCGCUGGUUCCACUUCAACGACAGCACUGUGACCCUGACGGACGAGGAGACGGUGGGCAAGGCCAAGGCCUACAUCCUGUUCUACGUGGAGCGCCAGGCCCGGCCCGGCGCCGACAAACUCUGAUACCUCCUUCUCAGUCUCACUUAUCGAGUCCACCGGACAAAACAUUUCCAUUUCUCCAUAAAUACUUGAUCCAAGACUUAUUGAUUUCAUUGUGCACUUUGCAAUUUCCUCUUGUGGGUUUUAGUUUUGUUGUGUCGAUGGUAGCAUUUGACUUACUGAACUUGGACACAAACUAACUUUUUUUUUUUUUUUUUUUUUUUUUAGUUAUACCAGAAAACCUCAGCAGAUUUUGAUUUGCUGCUUUAGUUGUGAUAACUCGAUUUUUAUAUAUAUAGUUUCAUGAAAUAGUUAUUUGACUUUUUUUAUAUUAAUGUUUUCAGUUCUCACUUUCUAAAGGCACAUUUACAUCCAAGAAGCUUUCUGUCCUCCUUACGAGCAAGAUAAAUGUGCUUCUGAAGAGCAAUACAACUUCAUGCUGUUCUCAGUGCUGUCACCUAGAUAUGAUUUAAUCUCUUUCAAUCAAGGAAUUGUUUGCACGUCCUCUUUUCCCUCGUGCAAGAAACUUAAACAGUGACCUCUGACCAAUCAUUCUUUGUCUGCAGAGGAGAGGAGAUGUGGCAUCAUUAAGUAGACCAGGUAAUUGCUGCUAUAUUGGUGUGUAUUCAGGCUGCUGACUUUCAGGAAUCGUUGUAAAUAAACAGUUGGUUCAAUUGUAUUAAUACUGCAAUUUAAUUCAAGUAUUCCUCACGUAUGCCCUACCCCCCACCCACUUCAAAUUUCAAAAAACUCUUAAAAUCACCUGUCUAAAUUGUGUUGAGAUGGAUGGUUUUCCAGCAGAGCCAGUGAGGGAGGGGUGAGCCAAGCCUGCAGUGGAGCUGUGGCAGUGGCACCUUGGCUUAGUCUCUGGGUGGACACUGGCAGUGGGAUGCAGUUCCUAAAACUCAGCCACGUGAUGGGGAAAAGACUUGUGCUAAAAAGGCAACCUGAAUUUUAGCUGUCCUGCUCUUCUGAACAGUGCAAGUCAGCAGGAUGAAAAAAGGUGGGGAGCAGAACCACAACUGCACAAGGCAGGAGUGUGACACAAGGUGUGACAUUUGCCAAGUGCUGCAUUUCAGGUCUCUUCCCUCAGCCCACCCUUUCUGGCUGGCCCUUUGUGCCAAGCAAGGAGCUGGGCACUCCUCACAUCUCACAGGGGUGGGAAUGAGAGUAAAAUAUACUUAAUGUAUUGAGUCACACCCUCAAACAGCCCCUCUUAGCUGUGUUUUUUGUUAGCAAUAAAAUAGAGGAGUCUGAAAACACACAAGAACUCAAAAUGUGAUUCCCCCAGUGUAGUUCCUGCUUCUGAAAGCCCUGGCAGGGUGGAGGGGCUGUACAGAGACCAAUCACAGCCACAUCUUUGGGACAGGGGCAUUCUGGAGAGCUUUUACACAGCAUCUUAAACCAGCAAAGGGAGAAAUUGGCUUCAGAUAAAACUGCAGAGAGCAUUCAGCACAGCCAGUGGUGGAUGAAUAUGGAACUGCAGCAGGUGAAAGCUGUGGGGUAUUAUUGGAUUCACAGUCACAUAUGUAAGGAUGUUGUCUUUUAAUGAAGCUGAACAGCACACAGAACUGCUCACUGCUUUAAACUGUAGAUAGUUUGUCACCUUCCACGUGUCCCUUGCAGGCAGGGUGUGGGGCAGGAAAAGCAGCAUCAGAGCACGUUAUCCCCCUCCCUGCUCACAGCAGCUGGGAAGGUGUGUAGAUCCCAUCCAGAGCUGCAUUUUGUCUGCAAGCUGCUUGGCCUGGAGCCCUUUAGCAUUUUCCCUUCCUUUGCCAAUGCCAAGCCUAAAGUGCAGGAGCUGUGAGCCAGCAGCAAUUUACCUUGCAGUAGUCAGGUGUGUGCAGUGUUCUUGCAGAACAGUGAUGUAAAUGUGCCUUUCUGUAUUCUUAGAAAUUUAAAUUUGUAAUCUUCAGCAACAUUCACUUAUUUUAAUCAGCUUCUACUUUUUUUUUUUUUUUUUUUUUUUGGGUCAGAGUUCUGUUCUCACUUCCUUCCAGUCCCUUUUGUGUCUGUAGCAGCCAGGCUGGGCAGGGCUGUCUGCCUGGCCUGGGCACUCAAUGCAAUCACAGCAGGCGUGUCCUGGCAGCAGGAGCUGCCCAGGGCUCAGCCAUCUGCUCUGCUGGAACAAGGACACUGCAAAGCCUUUCCUAAUUUAACUUUCUCCCACUGCAAACCCAGAUGGACAGUAUGAACAGUUUGUUGUGGCAACACAAGUAUUUCUCUUCCUGGUGGAGAACUUUGCUUAUCCACUGUAUUCUAUUCAGUGUGGUGUCAAAAAAGAAAAAGUAACUGAGCACUGAACCAGUAACAUGUACUGCACCUGGCCUAGUAUUACAUUUUUAACCUUACUUGUAUAUCCUAUAUUUAUCUACUAGCUCGUGGGGGGGGAUAUCUCUUUCAUUUAAGCCAAAUGUUUCUUUUCUACUUACUGCUGAUCAUAAUACACACUAGGCUGGCAAGAAUUUUUUUUCUUGCUUGUGACUCUGCUCUGCAAGCAGCAACUGCUCUCUGCAGUUCAGAGACUUGCAUCUUUUUCACCAAAAUUUGUCCCAUCAAAGGUUGUCCUUUCGUUAGUUAUUGUUUAGCCACGUCUACAACUGGAGACAAGGUUUAUGAUGUCAGACAAAGUGCAAACUGUCCAGCUCUCAGCUGGCAGCAGGAGAGUGCAGGACUGAGACAGGCAGGGACAGUGGACUUGGAUGGAAAGCAGGAGGAUUUGUAAGGAUUUUAGUCCAGCAAUGGAAAGUGUAACACGUGGUUGUUCCAAAGUUUCCCCCACAAUGUUUCAUUACUGCUGUGUCUGUGUCUUACUGAUGAGGUCACUGGCACCUUGGCAGCGAUUCCAACGUGCUUUAGGAUCUCCUCAAGUACUGUAGUGCCAUAGUUGUAACUGUUUACCAUUAAACUCUUGUGUGUAAUUUUCAGUGAGGAUUUACUGACUGUGCUCAUCUUGUGUGUUUCUGGAGCGUUUCCAGGCUGAAUGUGAAUUAUAUCUCAUCACACAGUGUGUUUAUGGAAAAUGUGCCAUUAAAGUGUCUCCUUUCCUUAGAA